AUGUCAUCUAGUCGAAAAUGUCAUCAAAUCUUAUUUUUCUUUGUAACAUUAUUCAUAUGCGAGAACACAGGUGUAUCUUGUCAAAUUAUGAUUGCAGUUUUGUUCAACAGCGCUAAGCCUCAAAGUCCAAGCACUGCAACAUCCUCUAUAGCUAUUAAAAAAUCAUUUGAGAAAAUUCCAUCUAUGUUGGACAUCGAUGAAAAUGUCAAUUUUGUUUACAAAGAUUUGAAUUCCACGUUCUGUGAUCUUGGCACAUUCCUGGAAUUUAUGGAUGGGAUAUUAGCCUAUGAAGUUGUGGUAUUACUACUAGAGGAUUGCGAAUGUGAGGAGAAAUUGUUGUUCUUUCUGGAUAUUCUUAGUAUCAAGUCUGUUUCCAGCUGUGAGCGACCGUUAUUUACAGUAAGUAUAUGUUUUAUAGGCUUCCACAGUAGCAUUCGAACUACGGCAAAUGACCCUUGCUGGAUCACUAGGGAGAAGAGUCUAGAACUGACAGAACUCUGAUCCUAAGUAUAAAUAUAUUUAGUUUUAUGAUAUAUUCUCUUUUCUUACUCAGGCAAACGGUACGUCUGCAGUUAUCAAAAAAGUCCACAAAGAAAGACAACUUUAUCUUCUCGUCUCUGCCGAUGCAUACGGAGUAGAAUUUUAUCAGGAUUUAUCUUUUGAACUUCAGCGACAGAAGUUAAAACUUCACCGUACGCUUUGGGUUGGAGUAGAAUCUGAUAAAGAAAACCAACUUGAAAAUGAACUCGAAAACGUUGCACGGAACAUGGAUAACAACAUCACAUCAGGUGCUACUUUCGUGUCAGGAUUUCUAUACACCGAUGAUUUUCGUUUAAAGAGCCUGAUAAACUUAGCACGACGGAUAUUAGGAGAACAAUUUGAUAAAAUUUUAUGGAUUUUUCCAGUUAUCCAUUUGGAUUUCAGCAAUAUGCAGACUUUUCGUGAGAGUUCUCAGGUGUUGGCGUUUCGAGGGAGCAAUUCAGUACAUUGUAACCACAAUCAAAUGUGUGCCUUGCGUCAUGUGUUGCGAAAGACAUCCCAUGUAUUGAAGAGCUGUUGGGGAAAAGACCGCUUUCACCGUGAUAAUUUAACGGAAUCAGACAACCGAAGUACGACUGCUAUGUUCGAAUACAGUGUUCAGAAAGUUGAAAGAGGACGCAGGUUCAGGUAAGUUUUUCAUGCAAUGAAGAGCCUGAGAACGAGGUUGGUCAUAUAUGGUACAGAGGUCCGACUCGGCAAAAUCCGUAACCGCCUAACAAAAUAUAAAAAUCGCCAUCUCAGUUGUGGUGCCCAUUCUACCAUAACCCUAAAUAACAUCGCUCAAAGUGUGACGCUCAUCCAGUAUAGAUAUUUCUAAAACACCAACUCUUCUCAAAAUAAAUAUUUUUAUAUUCUUUCAGUGUGAAAAACCAGGAAUGCCAGAUCAGCCUACACAAUUGCUUUACUGAUGUUGUGCAGUUAACAACAGACCACUACAUUGGAGAAAUAACUUGGAAACGUAUUGCAACAUGGAACGGGGAGACCAUUCAACCAUGCUCAUCGCAAGAAGGAUCAGCCAACGUCACACUCAACCCCAAUAUUCACACUGUGUUCCGUGUGCCGAUAGUCGAAUACUUUCCCUAUAUUGUAAAACACGAAUUAAGUCGCUUCAACACAAAAUGUCCAAUUAGCUCUUUGCCUUGUUACAGGCAACACCGAAAAACUGAUGAGACCACGGUUAGUACGAGACAGAACCAGCCGACAAUUUAAGAAAAAAAAUACAAAACAAAAAUUGAAAACAUCUUCAAAACUCAAAUUAUGGACUAAACUUAUAGUAAAAAUAAAAUAAACAGUGGGGGAGGAGGAGGGGGAGGGGGAGGGAAGGGAAAAGGGACAGUUGCUAACAUAUGGACCACCUUUUGUAGCCUGGAAGCUUAGUUCUUUAAACUGCCUUAAAUUUCAUGCAAUAUAUAGCUUAAUUUAUAGCAUCUAACAAUGCUUUCAUAGUGAAUUGUUUUGUUACGGCUUUGUUACAUGCAUUUAUUUACAUAUCAUUCAAAGGCUUUCAGAAAUUAUUGCGUGUCGGGAGCGGUUUCCCCUCCCUCUGCCCCUCCUAUAGUGUAACUGAACUAAACUGUAACUAAACCUUUCGCAUAUCGUCCCUUCUAGGUGAAAAAAUAUGCUGAUAAAUACUGCUGCUCGGGCUGGACAGUGGAUAUCCUAAUCUAUCUUACUGCCAAAUUGUCCUAUGAGUUUGAGUUGUACUUUCAAGCUGAGAAACUCUUUGGUGUGUAUGAUAACAUGACUGGUCAAUGGAAUGGUAUGAUCCAGGACAUUAUAAGCGGAAAAGGUGAUAUAUCGGUAGACUUGAGUAUCGUCCCUGACCGCUGUGGUGUACUGGACUGCUCGGUGGGUUAUCUCUUUGAUGGCAUCAAUGUGAUUAUUAAAUUGGAAUCUUCUGCAGAAACUGACAGUCCUGACAAAGGUAAUAGACGGUCAAAGUAUUUGUUCUAAAACAAAGGCGAACCGUAAAAAUGGAGACUGAGACUGCUGUUCCUUCGAUAUCUGUAUACCACAAACCCGACCUGGGCCUUCUAUUUUUAUUAUUUUUUAAUAUUCAGCGCUUUUUCACAUCAGAAGACUGGGACCUAGGCGAUUUGCCAAAUGCUAGCCCAAAAUACCAAAUGCUAGACCGAAAAUGACCAAUUCUGCCAAAGCCAGCCGAGUAAAGGCCUAGGUCUAGGCUGCCAUAAACCUAAUAAUAGACUGUACUCUUUGUUGCACUUUUGCCCCAUGAUCCUCCUCUGAGUACCUCCACACCAGGCAAGCUGAAAAACACUUGGUGGGAAUCUCUACCAACUGAGCUACAAUAUACCUUUGUUCAGUUACUCGGUGUAGUUUAUCAUAAAUUUUGCCUUUUUCAAAUGUUCCUCGAAAUUUCGUAAAAAAAUUUGACCGUACAUUUCACCACUGUAUGUUGUAUCAGUGCAACAACAAAGUUUACAUGUACUUGACUGUGAGUUUGUGUUUGUGUUACAUGGCUAUGUAGCUAACCUAAACCCUAUCCUAAGUUCCUAACCCCAACUCAUCAACUUGAAAAAGUCACGUCAGUUUGAUGGUUGUGACGAGUGUAAACUAUGACAUAUAAGGAAAUAUGAUAGAAUGUUUUCUUAAGAUUCUUCUAUAACGUAUGUGUGAAAAAUUAAAGAUAUUCCUUAACACGCCCUUUCGAUAAUUACGUCACACAUACGUUUUUGGUCUUGGAGCCUCGCUCUCAUCAGUAAAUUACGCAAGGCGAUUGGCUCACAAUUCAUAAGAACGAGGCUCCCAGGCCAAAUGACGUAAUUAUCGAAAGGACGUAUCUACUUACGAAGGCAACUUUUUUUCCAGGUCUGUCUGCAUGGAAGUUGCCUGAUUCUGUUCUAUAUAAAAUCAUUCAUUUAAACUUUAGAUUCUUUUCAUGCGCUGGUUGGAAACUUUCAGAUAUUUCUCAAUCCAUUUCAUGUUGAUCUUUUGGUCGUUGUUCUCAUGAUAUUCAAUGUUUUCCUGUUUCUUAUCUGGGCAACAGAUAAAAUAUGUUUGUCCUACAGAAACAAGAGAUUUGGUAGGAAGAGAGAGAAAUUUACAUUGCUUGGUGAGUAGUAUCUGAACUAAUCCAUCAGUGUCCACAAGUGGUCACAGUCGACAACUGGACUCUGUAGCUCAGGUCCACUCAAGAAAAAUUUCCACGGACAGAAAAUUUUCCGAAACUUUUAUUGUUAAAAGUUGAAAAUUUUCAACUUCAAAUUUUUUUUCGGAAUUUCAAAAAAAAAAUUUUGACGGAAAAUUUUUGUCUGCCAAUCAAAUUUUACUUUCUUUCUGCGGAAAAAAAUAUGGGCCUUUAGUCUUGCGCUACACCGGAAUCGCAGGGCCUCAGGUUUGAUUCCUGCCAGGGGGGGCUAUAAUUGCAUUUUUCACAAAUGCUCCUGGUUAGGUGUAAUAAAUGUAUGAAAAAUGUACACAUUCGAAAUUUUCAUCUACAAAUUCCUUUAAUAAUUGGUGCCAUCGAGUAAGAUGACCAAAAUCCAGAUAUUUAACCAGACCUCCACCUACACACGCAAAAAUCUCACAUCUUGUAGCAAGUCUGCCAACAAGCCGUCAACAAGUUGUGUUCGCACUGCUUGUCCCAAGUUGUCAACAAGUUUAGAACGAGCUGUUAACAACUUGUAACAACCUUGUUGAUAUUAUCAGACUUGUUGCAAGGUUGUUCCAACAAGUCCGACACAGUCUUGAUAUAACAAUAUUGUUACAACCUUGUGUCGUCAACCUUGUAACAUUCUUGUUAUAUCAUGACUGUAUCAGACUUGUUAGAACAACCUUGUAACAAGUUUGAUAAUGCCAUCAAGCUUGUUACAAGUUGUUAACAGCUUGUUCCAAACUUGUUACAACAACUGGGAACAAGCAGUGCGAACACAACUUGUCGACAGUUUGUGAACAGAUUUGUAACUACUUGUUUGCAGACCUGAAACAACUUGUGCGUUUUUACGUGUCUUUGUUACACACGUAAAAACGCACAAGUUGUAACAAACCUGCAGCAGACUUGUAGCAAUGCUGUUCCAACAACUUGUGUUCGCACUGCUUGUUCCCAACUUGUUGACAAGUUGUCAACGGCUUGUUGACAAUUUGCCACAAGGUUGUUGAGCUCAACAGACUUGUUACAAGUUGUUCCAACAACUUGUUAUCGUCCUGCAAUUCAGCAACUUGUCAACAAGUUGUGAGUGACAACCUUGUAGCAACAUGAUGAAAUAACAGCAUUUUUACAUCUUGUUGACAAGCUUGCUACAAGCCUGUUGUGAACACAUCUUGUUGACAAGUUGUGAGAUUUGUACGUGUGUAGUUUCAGGCCCUUUCAAACGUCGUGCUUCUCAUGUGCCGAACGCAUUAACAACAAUCGAUAACGAGGCUUCUGACUUCUCAACGGCACGCGAGAAGCACGACGUUUGAAACGGGGCUCAGUAUCCAUUGAAAUGGGCAAUUUAUUGUUGAAGAGAAAACAUUGUUCUCUUUCUAGAAUCAACGAGUUAUGUUUGGGCGACAGCUUUUGGACGCGACGUAGGUGAUAGUAAGAAACCAUUGACUCUGAGUGCUCGCUAUCUAUCCAGUUGGUUAGCGUUUCUAUCUUUGAUAUUUGUCAACGUCUACGUAGCGAGAUUAAUGGCUGAAAUUGUGAAACAAGAACCGACUAAGCCAUUUACCAGUUUGCAAGAUCCUGAGGUAAACAUCAUGCACAAAUCAGCAGUGCUUGUCCCAAGUUGUCAUCAAGCUUGUUGAUAUUAUCAGACUUAAUUGUAGCAAGGUUGUUCCAACAAGUCCGAUACAGUCAUAAUAUAAUAUUGUUACAACUUUGUUUCGUCAAGCUUGUAACAUUCUUGUUAUAUCACGAUUGUAUAAGACUUAAUAAGUUCUUUGAGUGUUUGCAUGGCGAUAAAAUAUAAUUGUUUUUGUUUGUGGAAACACCACGUAAAUUUAUUACUGCAAAGCUUUCAAGUCACAAUAAGUUCAACAAGUCACAUAUUAUUAGCACUGAUGAAGAUCCGGGCUUACGGAUCGAAAGCUUCGCAGUAAUAAAUUUACGUGGUGUUUCCACAAACAAAAACAAUUGUAUAAGACUUGUUAGAACAACCUUGUAACAAGUCUGAUAAUGCCAUCAAACUGGUUACAAGUUGUUAUCAGCUUGUUCCAACCUUGUUACAACAACUGGGAACAAGCAGUGCGAACACAACUUGUGAACAGAUUUGUAACAACUUGUUUGCAGACCUGUAACGUUUUUACGCGUGUACUGAAUGGCUACCCACCACGUGACAAAUUGCUUGGAUUUCAGGUUCAGAUGUUUUAAGAUUUGGACUUAGUAAAAUUAUUGAGAUUCUAAUAUUGGUAAAAUUAUUAAUAUUAAUAUUGAUUUAUUUUAUUAGUAUACUCUUUUUAUUUCUAGAUUUUGAAUAAGAAGCUGAAACUAGGCGUGGUGAAAGGCACCUCAAUGGAAGCUUUUUUCCACAACACUCGUAAUCCAGUCUUAAAGCAAACUUUUGAAAACACUAUCAAAGAGAACUUGUUACCAUCUCUUGAUGAGGGGGUCAAAGCAGUCAAGAAUGGGUAAGGAUACUUGAACAGUUUUGUCUAGUUUUCCUAAAAAACAGAACUAACAUAAUAUAUCAGCUUUCUAGACUAGAUUAUUUUGUAUCACAAUUAUUUGUACUUUUAUUGGUUACAUGCAUAUCGACGAAAUAGUCAGGGUUUAAUGAACGGAAAAAAGGAAUCUUUGAUAAGAAAUGUUUGCAAAUAUUUUCAGCACUCUUGAUGGCUUCAUAGCGGACACCGUCUCUCUCGUGACAAUUUUAAACGAAGAUCCCAACUGUUCGUUGGCACUAUUAGGCAGAGACGUCUCCGUUAAUGCGGUUGGAUUUAUGUUUCGCACAGACUGGCCCUGGGCUGAGGAAUUUAAGCUUCAAGAACUGGCUAUGAAUGAAAACAAGAGAAAUGAAGAUUGGUGGAAAAUGAAACAAAGUUAUCCCUUGUGUAAAAAACCAUCUCACGAGCAUCCCCAGUUGACAGCCGCCGAUAUGAGUGGAGUAUUUUUGGUCUUAAUAUUCGCAAUAGCCUAUUGUUGUUUCAGUUUAAUAAUGGAGAAUAUUCAUUCGUUGUUGGUAUAUCGUUUUCGAAGUUCAAGUGGUGAUUGGAAUGUGCCACAUAACCACAGGACUAACGUCACUGCCUCUAAUCUCAGCCUCGUAGGAGAGUAA